AGAGCGCGAGGAGCGGCUCAAGGCCGCGCCAGCGAACGCGGAUGGCGCCGUCGAGUCGCGCGAGGUCAACGGUCAGGCGGCAGUGAAGCGGCUGCAGACGAGUUUUGUGGAGAGCGGCGUGAGUGCGGCGCUGCUGCGCUAUCUGAGAGACGCGGGGCCGCUGCUGCUGCGGGACUCGUGGGACCUGCCGGGCGGCCACGACGACGCUGAGGAGGCACGGCAGCAGCUCAAGGCGGCCAACAGCGACGCACAGGCGAUUGCAGACGAGAGGUGCCACGCCCUGCGACACGCGUGCGAGCUGCUGGGGCAAGAAGAGGAGAGCAUGGAGGAGCUCCAUCUGGACGACCAGCUCAGCGCGCUCUCCAUCGAGCUGGCAGCACUGGAGAGGGCGGAGGCGGCGCUGCAGCAUGCGGAGGAGGCGGCGGGGCAGGUCACGUGCGGCGCACAGGGCGAGGGCUCCGAGGCGGCGCAAGUGGCAGCGCUCACCCGUGUGAAGGCGGACCUGGCGGCGUCGCUGCAGCGCUGCGCCGCUGCUGAGGGGCUCUCCUCGCACCUCAACGCUGCUGCUGCUACUGCUGCUGCUGCUGCUGCUGCUGCUGCCACACAAUCGAGAGAGGAGCAGCGCCAACCCGCAGAGGGGAGCACGCGGAGCGCCGGCCCAUGGCCCACCAGCGGCAGCAGCAGCACGCUUGAGGCGGCAUCGCAAGGCAGGGAGGCGCACGCAGCAGUGCAGCAGCUGGCGGCGCUGCUGUGCCCCGCCGCCCUCACCGCCCAGACUGCCCGCUCCCUCUCCCUGCGCCUCCCCCUCCCCUCCCCCCACUCUCUUCCGAGCUCACCACUUGAUCGCGAGGCAGCGGCUUCAGGCAGUGCUGCAGCACUCACGUGUGCCUCUGCCUCUGCCACCGGGAAGGCAGGGCUGCCUGGCGUGGUGUGGGGCAGUGCAGGGGAGGGCAGCAUAGGCGAGGAGGGCAGUGCGACAGUGGAGGUGGCUCUGCUGCCUGGAGGCCGUGUUGCUGCCGCAUCCAUUGAAGCCCCAGGACUCCCCCACCGCUCGCUCCCUCUGCAUCCCUCCACCAAUGCUGCUCACAGCGCCACAGGGGCCGACCAGCAGCACUCAGGGCGAGCAGGAGUGCCGGUGGCGGCAGCAGUGGCGGAGGCGGCCUGUCUGCUGCGCCUGCUGGCACUGCGCCGGGCACACAUGGCACAUGCCCUCGCCACCGCUCCCUUUCCCCCCCGCUACAUGGUGAAGAUGGCGGGGGAGGGUGCAUUCAAGGUGAAGUGGGCCAACGGGGCCACGCUCACCCUCACCGCCUGCAACGACUGGCCAAUGCCGGGCGGCCACCUGGCAGUGGCUGACGUGGAGCUGCCCCACACAGCGCAGUCAGGCGAGGAGAAGCAGCAGCUGCUCUCGCUGCUCUCCACCGCUGUGCUGCGGCAUCAUGCCGUCUGGGUGCUCGUUGCUCUCCCUUCCCCCCUCCCCACGGCAUGGCAGGGCGACGCGCAACAGCAGGACAGUUCACCUCCAGUCCCUCCAGCCCCGUCAGCCUUGGGUGGUGUGAUAGCAGCGGCAGGGGCGUGCCUGCGCAAGGCCAUGAUGGUGGCGCUCAAGACCACUUGA